AUGAAGAACGAGAUGACAUGUGAAAACAACAGCUCCAGCGACGACGAGGACAUCUUCAUGCAGGGCGGCAUCCCCAAGCCCAUUUCCAUGUAUUCCUCAGCCUUCGCCACCGCUCCCCAAGUCACCGACCUGGACGCUGACGACGACGAUGACGACGACGACGACAUCGCUCUCAAUCUCGACGCAUUCACCAAACCCAGGCGCAGAGGCAGGCCAUCUAAACGCGCACGCACCUCCGCCAACACCACCGCGUCACAAAAGCAGGCCACCGCGAAAAACGCGGCGCAUGGUACCAAGCAGAAGAACCGCUCCGUUUUUGAUAUAUCUUCGGGUGAGGAGAGCGAUGAAGUGGUCGUCGUCGAGUCUCAUAACGAUGAAACCAAUAUGGACGCGCACGACAAGUCAGUCGCCGCCUCACUUGCUCAGGCGCGCGCCGUGCUGGCCACGCAAGCAAAUGAAGAAAAGAUUGCCGCAGAUGUUCAGAGGCUCGCUAAGGAACAAUCAGAGCGCGUGGAGCGCAGCCGCUGUCAGGAAAAGCAACGGCAGGAGUCUGAGAGAGUGCGCAAGCAAGCCGAGGAAGCAAGGCUGAAGGCAGCUCAAACUGCCGCGCCUGUGCAACUCAAGGUCCGUUCCGGUCAAAACCAGAUCAAGAUGAGAAUACGUAGGUCAGAUCCUGUGCUGAAAAUGCUUGGACCAUUCUGCAAAAAAUUUGACUUGAAUCUGCCAAACGCCGUCAUGCAGUUUGAUGGUGAACAAGUUGAGGAAAGCGACACCCCAGACACUCUCGAACUUGAGGAGGGAAUGCUAAUUGACGUAAUCACACGAUCAUAG